CAGAGCCAGCUCUCCACCAGUUUUGUAAAGGUUUGUUCUACAUUUGUGUGGGGCGGAGAGCUGGAAAGUUGGUACAGUGUGUGUACAGUUGCUAAACAGAGUGGCCAUACAGCUCAUUUUUCAGCGACCUGGCUGAUAACUGUAACGCGUUGAUGCGUGUUCUGCGUUCAGAUAUGUCUUCUUGGAAAAGAGGAAAACGUGCUUCACACAGCUUCUGGAAGCAGUCUAUCGAAGCUCUGGUGGUUUUCUCUCUGUGUGUCAAAAUAUCUGGAUGCUCUGACGUAGAUGAAUUGAUGUCCACAUAUCCACUGAUUGAUGGUCACAAUGACCUUGCUCUCCAGCUGAGGAUUCGUCACAACAACUGCCUAAGCCAAGUUGACCUUCAUAACCUCUCCAAAGUAUCCACAGACAUAUCCCGUUUCAAAGCAGGCCAUGUGCAGACACAGAUGUUUGCUGUCUACGUACUGUGUGGUGCUCAGCAGAAGGAUGCUGUGAGGCUUACUCUGGAACAAAUAGAUGUGGUGAGACGUAUGUGCACAGAGUACCAGGAGUUUGAACUGGUCACAUCUGUCCAGGAGCUAAAAGAUUCUAAGGACAAUGGUAAGAUAGCCUGUUUAAUAAGUAUCGAAGGAGGCCACUCUAUUGACAGCAGCCUUCCUGCCCUGCGGAUGUUUUACCAGCUUGGAGUCCGCUCCAUGGGUCUCACACAUUCUUGUAAUACACCCUGGGCUGAAUCAUCCUCAAAUUUUUACCCUGUAUAUAAGAGAGAGAAUAACAGCCUGACAUCCUUUGGGAAGGUCGUGGUCGAGGAGAUGAACAGACUUGGAAUGAUAGUGGACCUCUCCCACACCUCAUGGAAUACAUCCUCUGCUGUUCUGAGUCAUUCUAAGGCUCCGGUUAUUUUUAGCCAUUCCUCUUCCUACUCCAUAUGUAACCACAGCCGCAAUGUUCCUGACAAUCUGCUACUUGAACUGAAAAAGAACCAAGGGUUGAUCAUGGUGAAUCUCCACAACACAUUUGUUUCCUGCAGAGAUGAGGCUAACAUCUCUCAUGUGGCUGACCAUUUUGAUUACAUUAGGAAGUUGAUUGGAGCUGAAUCAAUAGGAAUUGGAGGGGAUUAUGAAGGUGCUACAAGCUUCCCUCAUGGGUUAGAGGAUGUCUCAAAAUACCCUGCCCUAAUCCAGGAACUGCUGAGAAGAAACUGGACUGAGAAUGAGCUGGCUGGUGUCCUUCGAAAUAACUUCUUGCGUGUGUUUGAACAGGUUGAGAGGGUCCGUGAUCAGUUGAGUUCAAAACUACCAAGUGAGGUCCAGAUUCCAUUUGAAGAGGCGCACAACCCAUGCAGGCUAAUCCUUAAACGUCCGGACCCAAGAAGCCCGUCCUCAGAUCAGUCCUCUGGAGCAGAAGGUGGAUUACCUGCUCUGUUAAUCCUUGCCACAGUUCUAAUGCUUUCCAGAAUAUUUUUGAUUGAAUGAAUAUUAACAAUCUCAGUUCAGCCAUAUCAUUCUUUUGAAGUUGUAUAGAAAGGAGUACGUUGUCACAGUGCUACAUGUCAGUGGAGAUUAGGAGGAAGUUAAUGACUUUAAUGUCUAACCUCAUUUUUGCUAUAAUUAAAAUGCAAACUCCUGUACAUACAUUAAAUCAAUUAGAUCAGAAGAUGUCUGAAAGAGACCUCAUGGUCUUUUUUUUUUUUUUUUUUAAAUUCACUAUUUAUUUUGUUAUUUAGUUUGCAGAACAUUUUUUUCAUGAUGUCCAUAGAAGAUUACAAAAUAUAAUAGAAUGAUAAAACUGAUAAAUAUAACUUUAGAGAUUAUACUUUGUAUCUAGGAUUGACUAGUAAGCACCUUUGAAGCUGAGGUUGUCCACUUAAGUUUAUAAUGUUUCAAGCACUUUAACAAAGUUGUACAGUAUAUCAGUUUCAAAGCAAAUAUUUGUUCUAUUUACUCUUACAGCAUAAGACAAUAUCAUGGUUUACGUCAUUCGUGUAGCUUUGUUGCUCACAACCCAAUGGCAAUAAAUUUGAUAAGUAUCUGCUUUGGUGUGCUCACUUGAGUUGAUCUUCGUCUAAUCAUAGGCUUUGACUUGGUAGUUUUAUUGCUUCUUAAAAACGUAUAGUUAUGAAUGAACUAAAAUACGACUCUAUUAAAGUUCCUAUUGAAGUAGUGGAUUGUGCCAAAAUUACAAUAACCAAAAAAAGAGAAACAAAAACAAAAAAACACAUAUUUAGUUUGCUGCAAUUAACAAAGGUUUAAAUGGCAUAAAUAAAUUUGAGCCAGGAAUGCUGUUCUGACAUUGAGUGUUGAGUGUUUAAUAAUUGCACACUUGUCAUACUUUCCAUAGACACACCCUCGCCUUUAAAAAAACUAUUUAGUCAACACAAAAAAUACAGUCGUUCCAGACACUACACCCUGAUCUAAAAUACUGAUUAUCUUCAGUUUCUCAGGAAAAACAUACACAAAACAAAGUGUAAAAACAUAUUCAGAUUCUAGAUUAGAUUAAUUUAAAGCUGUAAUCCUUGUAGAGUUGCAGUCCUAGUUGAAUUAGUGAUGCCUGUGGUGAUAUAAACUAUCAGGCGCUAUGAAACAGGGUGUGUAUAAGUAGUCUGAAAAUUACAAUCCAGUGCAAAAAAAGCAGACUUCCACACUAAUAGGUAUAGAUUUCAUACAGAUAGCCAUUGUUUUAUAGAAUGGCUUUAGAGUGGCAAUUACAGAAAGGUUAACUGUAAAUAAUAUGAGUAUAAAUGAUUUAAAAAAAAAAAUUAAACCAUAAGGAUUCCAACUUUAAAUUAAAGCAUCUUUUUUAUAAACAUGUAAGCUUAUCAGUAUACAUGCAACAAUUUAAAGGUCAUGUUCAUGAACACUUUGACUCAUGUCUUAAAAAAAUACAAAUUCUUUCUCAUUUUAAAAUCUUGCUUUAUAAUGUCCAUCAUCCAGAUUUACAAUCUAGAUUGUAAGUCACCUGUACAAUACACAAAAUAUCCGUCGCUUUUUUCGCUACAGUAACAUUUUCUUUAUUCUCAUUGGGGAAAUGUUUAGAAAAUAAAUAAAUAAAUAUUUGUGUUUCCCUAAAAUAAUCAGAGAACUGUUUCAGAAUAAUAAUCUGGCAUCCUAUUAAUACUGUUCUAACAAAAUAUGUAGUACUCGGUACAUUCCUGCCUAUCAAAUUGCCAAAUAUAGCUUUAAUAUCAUGUACAAGAGGUACAGAAUCAGUACCUUAAAAAAUAGUAACAAAUUCCCAAAAGUUUGUUUCUGACAAGUUUAGAAAUAAAAGAAUAUCAAUGACAGCUCUCAUUUAUAAAAGAAUGAACAAACAGGAUGAUAUGUAUUCAAACGUGUCCCAAUAUUCUACAAGAAUAGAAUGAACCUCUUUUUAUAAUCAAAAGUCCAUAAAAAAUUAUCAAAUUUAUGCAUCUACGCAUAAUUGUCUGCAAG